UCCCCGCACCAUUUGCCCCUCUCUGUUUCUCUAAGUGAGAGUCGGAGCUGCUUGUCGCAAGGACCCGGAGCUGUUAAGGGGCGAAAGGGAGCAUCUCCUUCAGUACAAGAUGGAGGCUUCGUGAGCCGCGGCGACACCCACACCGCUUUCUGCUUGUUCUGCUCGGUCUGUCACGGCGACGGCAUCAGGAAUUCCGAUUUGCUGUAUAUAUUGCUCCCCCACCCCAGUUCAGCCUCUGACCAAGGAAAAAUGGCAUUCAGUAAAGGUUAUCGUAUCUAUCAUAAACUGGAUCCACCACCUUUCAGUGUAAUAGUAGAAGCCAGGACCAAGGAAGAAUGUCUCAUGUUUGAAUCUGGAGCUGUGGCUGUUCUCUCAUCUGCUGAGAAAGAAGCAAUAAAGCACAUGUACUCCAAAGUAAUGGAUGCAUAUGGACUUCUAGGUGUAUUAAGAUUAAAUCUUGGUGACACAUUGCUACAUUAUCUAGUACUGGUCACAGGAUGUAUGUCUGUAGGAAAGAUUCAAGAAUCUGAAGUUUUUCGUGUUACUUCCACUGAUUUAAUAUCAUUGAAAAUUGAUCCGUCAGAUGAAGAACGAAUCUCUGAAGUGCGCAAAGUUUUGAAUUCAGGAAACUUUUAUUUUGCAUGGUCUUCUGCUGGGAUGAGUUUAGAUCUUAGUCUAAAUGCCCAUCGUAGCAUGCAGGAACAAAGCACUGACAACAGGUUCUUCUGGAACCAGUCUUUGCACUUGCAUCUUAAACAUUAUGGAGUGAACUGUGAUGACUGGUUGUUGCGUCUCAUGUGUGGAGGCGUAGAGAUUAGGACGAUUUAUGCUGCUCACAAACAAGCAAAAGCUUGCAUUAUUUCACGACUAAGCUGUGAACGAGCUGGGACCAGGUUUAAUGUUCGAGGAACAAAUGAUGAUGGGCAUGUGGCCAAUUUUGUUGAAACGGAGCAGGUGAUAUUCCUAGAUGAAUGUGUGUCAUCUUUUAUACAAAUCCGUGGAUCUGUUCCUUUAUUUUGGGAGCAACCUGGUUUACAAGUUGGAUCUCAUCGUGUUAGAAUGUCAAGAGGGUUUGAAGCAAAUGCACCAGCCUUUGACAGACAUUUUCAGACUCUUAAAAAUAUAUAUGGCAAGCAAAUAAUUGUGAAUCUUCUUGGCUCAAAAGAAGGGGAGCAUAUGCUUAGCAAAGUCUUUCAGAGCCAUUUGAAAGCAUCUGAACAUGCUGAUGACAUCAAAAUGGUGAAUUUUGACUAUCAUCAAAUGGUCAAAGGUGGAAAGGCAGAAAAGCUACACAGCAUUCUUAAACCACAGAUCCAAAAAUUCUUAGAAUGUGGAUUCUUUUACUUUGAUGGAAAGGAAAUUCAAAGAUCUCAGAGUGGUACUGUAAGAACAAACUGCUUGGACUGCCUGGAUAGAACAAACAGUGUGCAGGCUUUCAUUGGCUUAGAGAUGCUAACAAAACAACUGGAAGUUUUAGGUUUAGCUGAGAAACCUCAGUUGGUUACUCGGUUCCAGGAAGUGUUUCGGUCUAUGUGGUCUGUUAAUGGUGAUUCAGUCAGUAAAAUAUAUGCUGGAACUGGAGCUCUUGAAGGAAAAGCAAAGGCUGGGAAGCUGAAGGAUGGUGCACGUUCUGUGACCAGAACAAUUCAAAAUAACUUUUUUGAUAGCUCAAAGCAGGAAGCUAUUGAUGUUUUGUUGUUGGGAAAUACCCUAAAUAGUGAUUUGGCAGACAAAGCACGGGCUCUCUUAACCACCGGCAGUUUACGUGCAUCAGCAAAAAUACUGAAGAGCAUGUGCGAGAAUUUUUAUAAGUAUUCAAAGCCAAAGAAAAUUCGCAUUUGUGUUGGAACCUGGAAUGUCAAUGGUGGAAAACAGUUUCGAAGUAUUGCCUUUAGAAACCAAACUCUCACUGAUUGGCUUUUAGAUGCACCAAAAGUUGCUGGCAUCAGUGAAUUCCAAGAUCAAAGAAGCAAGCCAAUUGACAUCUUUGCUAUAGGAUUUGAAGAAAUGGUUGAGCUUAAUGCAGGAAACAUUGUGAGUGCAAGUACAACCAAUCAAAAAUUAUGGGCUGCUGAACUUCAGAAGACUAUUUCAAGAGAUUAUAAAUAUAUUCUGCUGACUUCAGAACAAUUGGUGGGUGUUUGCCUUUUUGUAUUCAUCAGACCUCAGCAUGCACCAUUUAUCAGGGAGGUUGCAGUUGAUACUGUAAAGACUGGCAUGGGCGGAGCUACUGGUAACAAAGGUGCAGUAGCAAUUAGAAUGUUGUUCCAUACCUCCAGUCUUUGCUUUGUGUGCAGUCACUUUGCUGCAGGGCAGUCUCAAGUCAAAGAGAGAAAUGAAGAUUUCAUAGAAAUAUGUCGAAAACUGAGCUUUCCAAUGGGAAGAUUGCUUUUUUCCCAUGACUACGUAUUCUGGUGUGGUGAUUUUAAUUAUCGUAUAGAUCUUCCUAAUGAGGAAGUAAAAGAAUUAAUUCGGCAGCAGAAUUGGGAUGCUCUUAUUGCAGGAGAUCAACUUAUUAAUCAAAAAAAUGCUGGGCAGAUAUUUAGAGGCUUUUUAGAAGGAAAAAUAGCCUUUGCCCCAACAUACAAAUAUGAUUUAUUUUCGGAUGACUAUGAUACCAGUGAAAAAUGUCGUACACCAGCCUGGACAGAUCGUGUACUGUGGAGGAGAAGAAAAUGGCCUUUUGAUCGAUCAGCAGAAGAUAUGGAUCUUUUGAAUUCCAGUUUUCAUGAUGAAAGUAAACUCAUUUAUACCUGGAAUCCUGGAACUUUGUUGUAUUAUGGAAGGGCAGAGCUGAAAACAUCUGAUCAUAGGCCUGUUGUUGCACUGGUUGAUAUAGAUAUUUUUGAAGUUGAUGCAGAAGUGCGACACAACAUUUACAAGGAAGUAAUUGCAGUGCAGGGACCUCCUGAUGGUACCAUAAUGAUCUCAGUCAAAGGAUCAUCACCUGAAGAGAACUAUUUUGAUGACAGUUUGAUUGAUGAGCUUCUUCAAAAGUUUGCAGAUUAUGGUGAAGUUAUACUCAUAAGAUUUGUUGAAGACAAAAUGUGGGUGACAUUUUUGGAAGGGAGCUCUGCUUUGAAUGUUCUAAACCUAAAUGGUGUUGAGCUCCUUGGGAAAACUAUCAAUAUUAAUUUGAAAAGCCCAGAUUGGAUUAAGAGUUUGGAAGAAGAAAUUAGUCUGGAGAGAGUUAAUUUUGGAUUGCCUUCAUCAACAAGUUCAACUUUGCUUUGUGAAGAUGCACAGGUCUCUGCAGACUAUGAAGAUGAUAUUGACGAUCGAAGCCCUGAAGAAGAAGAAAUUUUUCCUUUGCAAGUUCACCCAGUACCAGGCUCUGGUCUUGGAGCAUCACCUGGCUCUUCACCUCGCUCAAGCCCCUGUCAGUCACCUACACCCUCAGAUGGGCCACCUCCGGCUCUUCCAUCAAGACCAAGCAGAGCCCCUAACAAGACUCCGGGACCACCUUUAUCUUCUCAAGGUUCUCCAGUAGAUUUUCAGACAAUUACUCAACAAAGAGAGUAUGCUCAAAGUUUGGAACCCAAACGGCCACCUCCACCUCGCCCAGGAGCACCUCCUGCCCGUCCUGCUCCACCACAAAGACCUCCUCCACCAUCAGGGGGUAAGAGCCCUGCACCUGCUAGAAAAGAAUUUGGAGGUCUUGGUGCUCCUCCCAGCCCUGUUGUAGCUAGGAAAGAAGAAGCUCAGAAAAGCCCUGGGCCACAAAGAAGAGACAUAGUUCAUAGUCAGUCACCCCCUCCAACUGGACUAACAGGCAUAGGAACAUCUGGAUACAGUUCAUGUAGACCAACAAUUCCUCCCAGAGCUGGAGUCAUUAGUGUACCACUAAGCCAUGCCCGUCCUCAGGUGGGAAGAUGCACACCUGAACUCCAGCCCAAACAAGCAGACCCACCAAGAGGAUCCCUAAUGCUUCCUGAACCACUCAAACCACAAGCUGCGAUUCCAGUUCAUCCCACAUCUCAGGAGUCCUCUGUCCUAAAGAUGCAGGAACCUCUUAUACCAAUAUUGGCAACUUCUCAAACUACGUCUUCACAAAAUCUGGAAGCACCACCACAGCCUCCCCCUCGUAGCAAGUCAUCCCAGAGUUUGCCUUCUGAACCCAGUUCUUCACAGAAACAAAUUAGAACAAAUGAAGUUCAUGCCAUUCAGCUUGAAACACAGCUAACCAAUGAUCCUUUUGAAGAUCUGUCUCUUACAUUGCUUGCUGCACCCAAGAUUCAGCCAUCGGUCCAAAUGUCGCCAAUUGUACCUUUAAACCAAAAGAAGCUGACGAAGUUGCCUUCUGCAACAAAUAAUUGUAAUACUUUGGAUAACAUAAAUUGCAUGCCAGCAAUGCCAUUUAUUUCAACUUAUAGUAAACCUGAAGAAGAAAUGUGUAGUUCUGCAAAUCCAUUCGCUACCAAACUAAACAGCACAAAUCCAUUUACCGAACAGACAAUUACUACUGGAAAUCCAUUUAGAACAGAAAUUCUAGAAUCUGGAGCAACUUCACAUUGUUCAACAGAAGGACCUGCUGCUUAUUCUUCUCCAUCUCUAAAGCCUCCAAGCCAUCAUAAAGGCAAAGCUGCAUUUUAUGUUAAUACAUUUGGAGAUGAUUUUAAUUUGCAUACUGUAUCUUCUGUAGCUAUCAAUGGAAAACCAAAAGGUUGGGUAACAUUUGAAGAUGAUGAUUUUGUGUUAAAGUCACAGGACAAUUCUGCUGAAUUAAAAAGAGCUAGUUCUCUGCAUACAACUUAUUUUCCAAGCUCACUGGGUGCUGGACAAAAUAUCUUUGGUUCCAACUCUGCCAUUUACAAUGGCUGGAACAGAAGCUCUGAUUCUCUUCAGCCACUACCAGCAAGACCCCCACCUGUACCUCCUGUACCAUCCAGGUCUGCCAGCACCAAAUCAGCUACAGACCCUUUAAUUUCUCAAGCACCUAAAGUUUUAUCAACACAAGAUUUUAUGGAAAGAUAAAUUCUUUAAAAACAGAUGUUAAUUUAUUUGCUAAGAAUAUUCAGUAAAAUUGGGCAUUGGUGUAAUUCUGUGUGUGCAAUAAUUUGGUCAGAUGCACUGAACCUUUAAUAUUAAUUCACUAUGUACAGACCUUAAAGAUAUGUGUGUGUGUGUGUGUAUGGUACUGCACAAGGCGAGUUCCACAAGUGAUCUCAUGUCACUUCUAAUAGGGCACAAUGCAGGGAAUAUUAUGCAUAUUUAAUUUACAUUUUAAUCCACAAAUGUCAAGUACAAAAUUAGGUGUUCUUUCCCACUGAUUUAAUAAAACAUGCACAAAUUAUUUUUGCUGGAUAAUGCACAUAGUUCUUAAAAUUGUCUGAUUUUUACAUAAAUACUAUUUUAAAUACCCUGGCUGGUAGAACCUAGAGUCACUUCCAGUAUCUGAUAACAGAUAUAUUUAUAAAUAUUUACCAAAGAACUGCCAAAGUUUAAUUAAAAUACUGACUGUUUAAGGGUAAUGUUGAAGAGAUAAAUUGUAUACUAGAGGUUUAUGAAGAUUUGUAAGGAUGAAUUCCACAUAAGGGUCAAAAGAAACAUUUUUAAGGUAGACAGCAUAUAAUAUAUUUUACUGCCACUUCAUAUGUAUUAUUUUGCACAAAUGAGCAUUUUUGUGGUUUGAUUUAAAAACUAGUUUCGUUAAAUUUCUGCUUUAGAGACUGCUGCUAUUAAAGAACUCAGCUGUUCCAGCUUCUCAGAAAAAAAUGAAUAAUUGUUUUUUAACUUUAAGAGCAGAAUCUCAUAACUGAAGAAAACCUAGUAGUCACAUAUGAAGAUGUGGGUGAAAAAGCAAUCAGCCAUGUAGUCCAUAUAUUUCAAUUGUGUUCAUUUCCUCCUUUGCUGUGUAUAGAUGCUGGACCUCAAAUUUGGCUUCAAAUGAAAAAGUACCAUUCUGUAUUGUUUUAGACAUUAAUGCCAUGUGACUGCACAAUGCUUUGUUAACUUGCAAAUAGUUCUGCCCCAUAGCUUUUUGUUUGUUUAUUUUUUGUUUUUAAGAACUGGCAUUUAAAUGUAGUAUGAUGGUAUCAUACUACAUUUGAAGGAAACACACUUUUCCCCCCACUGUAUUUUGUUAGGCAAGACAUAAACCCUUUUUCUUAUUCAUACUGUGACAGCUAUUUACAUUGCUUGCUUUUUUAACUUUAUGAAUGAGCAUUUUUGUGAAGGGCCUCACCAAAUAUUUAUGUUCUUAAUGUUCAGUUAGCGAUCCACUCUCACAUUGACUGUGUUAGCAAACUUUAUUCCUCCUGUAACAUCUGUGUAAAACUCAGCAUUCUGCAGAGCAACUAAAUGAAAUUAAAUUUCUACAUUCUUUAAUACUACCCAACAUAUUUAUAUAAAUCAUUGUAUCUAAAAGUACAUAAACAUCAACUGCAUUUGACUAGAAAAGUAACACAGUGACUUCUAUAUUGUGCUUUUUAAGUACUUGUAUAUUUUGAAACAACACUGAUACUAUAACCUUUGUGCUUCAAGUAUGUGGCUUAACUAGUUAACAUUCUAAUAAUUAACAUCUAUGUGAUUGUGCUUUGGUAUAACCUGAUGUUAGCAAAGCAAGUGUGUUCUGGAAAGUUAGUACAAAUUACAGUUCAGUGAUAUGUGGUCCUUGUCUAAAUAUUUGAUAUAAAUUACAAUUUUCUAUGAAAUAUUUAAAAUGCAGGCCCCUAGCACAUUCACUGGAUUACAAAAUCUGGCGACAAAGUACCAUAAAAAUUGCAAUAAAAUGCCUACAAGCAUAGGAUGAUUGAUUUAAAAAUGUGUAUUACUGAAAGUAAUUAAUAGUAGACAGUCAAAAUUAUUAACUAUGUAAAAAUGCUAUAUAUUUUCAUGGAGUGUGUUUCCUGUGGCAAAUUGCUUUGUUAAUGUGUAACCAAUUGUUGCUUGUGGUACACAAUAUUUAACUAUAUCCAUUACGAACAGUAUUAACUUGAUGGUCUACAAUAUCCAUAUCCUGUAAAACGUGAUGUUGCAUUAAUGAAAUAAACAUACCCCUUUCAGAACA